AUGGGGAUAAGUGGAAGGUCAUUCGCUCAAUCUGCGUGGGUUUUAAUGGUAGCCUUUCUUGCUUGUAGCUCUAAGACAUGUAGUCUUAAGUAUUGUACCCCAUCUUCCUGCGGUAAUAUCCCCAAUAUAAGCUACCCUUUUCGACUGAAACAUGACCCAGAGACCUGCGGAAAGGCCGGGUUCACUCUUCUAUGUGAGAACAACAUUACAGUACUAGACUUACCUUCUCUAAAAUACCAUGUACAGGCAAUCAACUACAGUAGCCAAACAAUCCGAGUGGUGGAUCCUGGCUUUCAGGAAAACAAUUGUUCCUCCGUUCCUGUUAAUCCUCCAACAAAAUAUGAUCCUUUUCUUGGUUCAUCACUUUACAAUGUCUAUUAUAGCAGUAUGAAUACUGUCACAGAGCGUAUAUACUUCCUCAAGUGUUCAGAGCGGGUGAAUAUGUAUACUUAUGUAGACACUGCUGCAUGCACUGAUGAUACUGGUACUAGCAGUACUGGUUCUUCUUCUUCUUCUAUGUCCCAACCCAGAACGUUUGGUUAUCUCCUGGUUGAUGACAUAACGUCAGGAGACGUGGUGGAGGGUUGCAGCUUAGAGUGGCAGACAUUCAUAACUAUCGAUGUGAACGACUACAACCACACAGACAUAAAAAGAACGAUGAAUUCAUUGGCGUAUGGCUUUGAGGUUCUAUAUUUGCUUGAAAUGCCUUUUACAUGCGGAGGCCCGUGGAGUAUCAACUACAAAUGUUUUCCGCACACAGUCGCAGGUUACCGAGGUGGUCGUGACUACAUUACUAUGGGUCUACUUUUCCUGGUUAAAUUUAUAGUUGGGUUUCCAUUUGUUAUUGCAUUUUUGGUCUAUAUAUGGAGGAGAAGGCAUUUAUCAAUGUACAUUACCAUUGAAGAUUUUCUGCACGAAGAUAAUAAUUUUGGGCCAAUACGGUACUCAUAUUCUGAGAUUAAGAGAAUGUCCAACGGUUUUAAAGACGAGUUAGGGAAAGGAGGCUAUGGCUCUGUAUUUAAAGGAAAAUUACGUAGCGGUCGUUUUGGAGCAAUCAAAAUGUUGCAUGAAAGCAAAUCCAGUGGAGAUGAUUUCGUGAGUGAAGUGGCUACCAUUGGCAGGAUCCACCAUGUUAAUGUUGUGCAGCUUGUUGGUUAUUGUGUCGAGGGAUCAAAGCGUGCUUUAGUAUAUGAGUAUAUGCCCAAAGGGUCCCUUGAUAAGUAUAUUUACUCCAAAGAAGAAUGUCUCACACUGAGUUGCAAGAAAAUGUUUCAGGUUUCUCUUGGAGUAGCUUAUGGGAUCGAUUAUCUACAUCAAGGCUGUGAUAUGCAGAUUUUGCAUUUCGAUAUCAAACCCCAUAAUAUUCUUCUUGAUGAAAAUUUUAUACCUAAAGUUUCUGAUUUUGGUCUGGCGAAGUUAUAUCCAACAGAAAAUAGCAUUGUAUCUUUGACAGCAGCCAGGGGAACAAUGGGAUACAUUGCUCCUGAGUUAUUCUACAAAAAUAUUGGAGGUGUCUCAUACAAAGCUGAUGUCUAUAGUUUUGGAAUGUUGUUGAUGGAAAUGGCAAGUAGACGGAAAAAUUUCAAAGAAUUGGCAGAGCAUGAAAGCCAAACCUACUUCCCUUCAUGGGUCUAUGAUCAAUACAAUGAGGGAAAUUAUUUGAAGGCAAGUCAUCACACGGAGGAUGAAAAUAACAUGAUUCAGAAGAUGGUUAUAACAGCAUUGUGGUGCAUACAGAUGAAACCAAGUGAUCGUCCUUCAAUGAACAAAGUCAUAGAGAUGCUCGAAGGAGAUGUUGAAAAUCUACAACUGCCUCCCAGGCCUUUACUUUACCCACAACAGACGGAUGUUACUGAGCAAAUAGACAAUAAUUUGAACCCAACAUGCUCGAAUGUGGAGUUAACAAUGACAUUGUCAGCUCGAUGAUUAUCAAUGUUUAAAUAAGGUAAACAAACCAUCUUCUCAGAUUUCUGCUAUUGAAGGGUAGAGGAA